AUGCCUUCAUCCACGGCCAUGGAUUCCUAUGCCUCCCUCAUCGCCGCCCCUAUGACGGUGGCUCAGCGAAAACAACUACUCAAGCAACUCCAAUCGCCCGAGGCCAUCUCGAGUCUUCGGCAUCCUGAGAUCCUCAUGGACUUCUUCACCGAUAGCCUCGACAUGGGCGACUUGGGACUCGCUGUGCCCGCUCUUCAGGGCCUCUUCCACCUCAUCACGACCAAGAACCUCGAUUAUCCAUCCUUCUACACUCGUCUCUAUGCCCUGCUCGACCGAGACCUGCUGCACAGCAAAUAUCGUUCACGGGUACUCCGGCACCUGGACAUCUUCCUGUCCCCGACCAACCACCUCCCCGCUGCGACGAUCGCGAGCUUCAUCAAACGUCUCUCACGUUUGUGUCUCUUCGCACCGCCCUCUGCCAUCGUUGCCAUCAUACCCUUCAUCUACAACUUAUUGAAGACACAUCCAACCACCACCUUCAUGAUACAUCGAUACCCAUACCCUCCUUACACAAAAUUCAAGCACAACUUGGGCAACGACCCUUACGACCCCACUGAACCCAACCCACAGCACACACAUGCCAUCGACAGUUCACUCUGGGAACUCGAGACUGUGCAGUCACACUACCACCCGACCGUCGCUAGCAUCGCCCGCAUCAUCUCCGAACAGUUCACCAAGCAACAAUACAAUCUUGAGGACUUCCUCGAUCACGGCUAUGCCAGCCUACUCGAGAGCGAGUUUAAGAAGAACAUGGACAAGAAGCCCCCCGCCGUCGAGUAUAAGAUCCCAAAGAAGAUAUUCACCGCAGGAGAUGUUAGCGAAGAUGAUGCUGCCGACGAGAAGGUCAACCGCUUAUUGGAUAUCUGGGACUUUGAAUCUUGA